GAACAGAGACUAAACACAAAGCAUUGAAGCCUGCUAGCUGAAUCGUAAAGCUAUUUGGCUUCCACAUUCUAAUCUCUUUUCGAUUUCAUUUCGUUGAAGAGAACAUUUCCGAGGCAUGGCGUCCUUCAAUUCUACCGGAGUUGAUGAAGAUCAGGUUUUAGUGGAAGAGAAGCGGUCUGUGAGAUUAUUGACUUUAAACCGAACUAAGCAGUUGAAUGCUCUUUCAUUCAAAAUGGUUUCCCGGCUAUUGGAACUCUUUGUUUCCUAUGAUACAGAUCCCAGUGUGAAGCUCGUGGUUGUCAAGGGGAAAGGAAGGGCAUUUUGUGCUGGGGGUGAUGUGUCAGCUGUGGUUCAUGACAUUAAACAGGGUGAUUGGAGGAAAGGUGCUUAUUUCUUCCAGAAAGAGUUCAUCUUAAAUUAUUUGAUGGCAACUUUCAGCAAGCCACAGGUUUCUCUCCUGAAUGGUAUUGUCAUGGGCGGAGGGGCCGGUGUUUCAAUACAUGGUAGAUUCCGUGUUGCAACAGAGAAGUCGGUGUUUGCAAUGCCUGAAACUGCUUUAGGACUCUUCCCAGAUGUUGGUGCUUCUUAUUACUUGUCAAGACUCCCGGGAUUUUUUGGUGAAUAUGUUGGCCUAACAGGUGCGAGGUUGGAUGGUGCUGAAAUGCUUGCAUGUGGCCUUGCUACUCACUUUGUCGUCUCAGAGAAAUUGAAGGACUUAGAGGAAGCACUUUGCAAAGCAGAUACAGGUCUGCAAUGCAACAUUUCAGAAAUUAUUGAUAAGUUCGCCAAAAGACCAAUUCUUAAAGAGCAAAGUGCAUAUCACCGGUUGGAUGUCAUUGAUAAGUGCUUCUCUCGAAGAACAGUUGAAGACAUUUUAGCUGCACUUGAGGAGGAGGCACUGAAAAAGAAAGAUGAUUGGGUCACUUCAACAAUUCAGGCCUUGAAGAAGGCAUCACCAACCAGUCUUAAAAUCUCUUUGAGAUCGAUCAGAGAAGGCAGACUUCAAGGUAUUGGUCAGUGUCUCAUUCGUGAGUACAGAAUGGUUUGUCAUGUCCUGCGAGGGGAAGUCAGCAAAGAUUUUGUUGAGGGUUGUCGAGCUAUAUUGUUGGAUAAAGAUCACAACCCAAAGUGGGAACCCUCUAAUCUGGGGCUUGUCACUGAUGCUAUGGUUGAGAGGUACUUCUCUAGGAUUGAAGAUGAAGACUGGGAAGACCUAAAGCUCCCUGCAAGAUCCAACUUGCCUGCUUCAGCCAUUUCAAAACUCUAGGUUCCCCGAGUUUGCUACUUACUCGAUAAAUAAUAUAUUUGUACUUGGCUAGUCGUUUAGGUCGGAAAUAAGCCUUCCAUAACAAGGAAUCAGUAGUAGAUUUAUCGUAUUCUACAAGCACCGAACAUAUGUAAAAUAAAGUAUUCAUGAUAAAAUUUCAAUUUUACACCAUUCUACAUAUCAUAACACUGUUCUUUGCUA